GUUUUGUCUGAUAAGAUGUAUAUUAAAAGCAGUGAACUCAAGGAGAAAUUUAUCAAAUUGUUAUAUUCACUUGAACCGUUUACUUGAAACCGACAAAUUCGAAAUCAUAAUGAAAUUUUCUGUGUUCGUACUUCUGAUCGUCGGAUCUUAUCAUAUUUCUCCUGUGCAAUGUGAACCGGAAACAGUGGCUCUUGAUAAUUUAAUAGCCCUACUUAAAUGCAUAUUAUAUAAAAUAUGCAUUUAUAGUGUAAAAGAUGUACCUUUAGAUCAUACACAUAAAGUUGAAGAUUUUGUACUAUUAAGAUAUCCGAUUGUGGUUACCCAAAUUCAAGCAUUUGCCAAACUACUCAAAGAAUCAAAAAAUCCAAAUAUUCCGAAAUUAAUUCUUCCAAAGAAUGCUAACGCUAAACAAAUAAAUACUGCACUCAUGAACUUUUGGAAUGCACUCAUAGAUCGAUACCAAAAAGAUAUACGAAUCCCCAGCGCCUUGGAAAAAAAAUUAUAUGAUUCGUUGGACAUAGUUCGCGAAAGCAUGACCAGAAUUGCUCGCGAGGAAACAUUGCUUAUAUUAGGCGGUGAGGAAUGCGAAAAACUAUUGGGUUGUAAACGUCGUUGUUGUUAAGAUCGAAAAUUGAACUAGAUAAAAAUAGAAUAUGUUUGGUAUCUUACCAAAAUUAUCUAGAAAUUUUUUCCAAAAAAGAUAAGAUUUUAUCUUAUCUAUUUACGGUUUUUAAAUUUAAAAAAUGAUGAUUCAUACAAUUCAUCACAAUGAAAGACUACUUAAAAUGUAU